AUUUGUGUUUUCGCAAGUCUGGGAGAAAAGACCCAUUAGUUAAGGGCCUUAAGUUAAAGCCCUAUUAAGAAUGUUACUGCGCGUGGACAUUGGGUCAGGAUUUUAUCUAGGACAGGAUUAAGGGUACCUGAGUAUUCUUGUUCGUGAUAUGAAUUAAUGAAUUCUAUUUCUAAGUCCCACGUUGCUGGAUACAGGAUGUCAGAUCCUGCACGCCAGAUGAACUCGAGGCGUCUCCCUCCUUUACCUGGUAGCGGUUCUUUUACAGCAGGCAACAGUCGAGCAGCUGGCAUGCAUGCACCACGCAGCCCAAGGAGCGCCCGCUUGCACAGAUCUCAGAAUAGCCCCACGUAUCAUGCCACUUCUCCACGCGAUGGACACACUGGUGAAAUGCUCAUUACAGGUCACAGCCCAAGCUAUUAUCACCAAGAUGCCAGUCCUGUGAAGAAACAUGAUUGGUAUGAGAGCAAUAUGGAGGCUUUAGAUACAAACCCCGAAAUUGUUACUUCAUUUUUGAAUGAAAAUCCAGAUUACUUGGAAAGUUACAUUCACACACAUGUAAACAGGGACACAUUAGAACGCUGGUUGUUACGAAGGACACAGAAGCACAAGCACAAGAAUGGUGAAAUACCAGAUGAAAGGAGAGAAACUGUGGCAAAAUGGAAGUUUUAUAUGCAUGCAGACAAGAGGCAAUUAUUACAGGAUCUUACUCAGAGCAUCACACACAACAUGAAGAAGCCCCAUGUGCUACAUGAGUUGAUAGUGUGUAUGGCAUCAGCUGUCAAUGCAGAUGGUUACAAUUUGUACAUAGUAGAUGAAGAUGGGCAGGACCUAUAUUAUUACAAGCCAAAUGCGUCAAGCACCAAAUCACAUUCUCCGUGUGUACGGAGAAUCGGGGCAGGCACCACUCUGGCAGCCUAUGUAGCACACACCAAACAGAAUGUGAGAUUAGGAGAGAUGUUCAUGGAUGAACAUUUCCCAGAGGGAAUACCUAUGAGUGGUGAUACAAUACAGUCAGUCCUGGCCCAACCUAUUGUACAUGCAGAUGGGCUAGUUGUAGGUGUUGCAGAAUUAUACAGGAAGGUAGGAAAUCGUGGCUUUACAGAAGAUGAAGAAGAGAUUGCAUCCAGUUUGGUCAUAUGGGGCACUGUGGCAUUUCAUUCUGCAGAGCUGUUUCCAUCCGGUGCACAUAACCCAGAGAUGUAUCAUACCAUGACUAAGCAGAGAAAGUUAAAUGAGUUUUUAUUGGCAGUGACAAAGUCUAUCUUCCAAGACAUUGUCAGCAUGGACACAGUGAUUAUGAAGAUCAUGAACUAUGCUCAGAAGCUGGUGAGUGCUGACCGGGCCUCUCUGUUCAUGGUCGACUUGGACAGAAAAGAACUUUAUGCCAGAAUUUUUGAUAUUGGGAAAGGACUGGAGAACAGAGAAAACCAUCAAAAGGAAAUCAGGUUCCCCAUGGACAAAGGUGUGGCAGGCCACGUGGCAACAACGGGAGAGGUGCUCAACAUCAAAGAUGCUUAUGCGGAUGAUAGGUUCAAUAGAGAUGUAGAUCUGCAGACAGGCUAUACCACUAAAACAAUUUUGUGCAUGCCAAUAAAAAUAAGGGGAAACAUCAUUGGUGUUGUUCAAAUGGUUAACAAACUGAAUGGUACUUUUACAAAGUCAGAUGAGGAGUCAUUUGAAACAUUUGCUAUUUAUUGUGGUCUUGCACUUCACCAUGCUAAAUUGUACGACAAGAUCCGCAGGUCGGAACAGAAGUACAAAGUAGCAUUAGAGGUGUUGUCCUACCAUGGAACAUGUUCAGAGGAAGAAGUGCAGAAAACAAAGAGUUUUGAUGUUCCAGACAAACUCCCAGAACUUAUCAAGUAUGACUUUUCCCCGUGGUCAGUGGAUAAUGACCAGAAACCAAUCUAUGUCAUUCACAUGCUGAAAGACCUCUUUGAUACUGCAGAUUUCACAAGGUAUGACUUGGAUACUCUUUACCGAUUUACUUUAACAGUUCGCAAGAACUACCGUGCAGUUCCAUAUCACAACUGGGCACAUGCAUUCUCCGUUGCCCAUGCAAUGUUCACAGUUAUCAAAACCACCAGCAACAAGUUCAAACCAAUAGAGGCUUUGGGUCUGUUUGUUGCAUGUCUGUGCCAUGACCUGGACCACAGAGGGAAAACCAACUCAUUUAUGGUGAAGAGUGCCUCCCCACUGGCAGCAGUCUACUCCACCUCCACCAUGGAACACCACCACUUUAACCAGACAGUGACCAUACUGCAGAAUGAAGGGCACAAUAUCUUCAAGAACCUGUGUUCUGAAGAGUAUAAACAGGUUCUGGGAGACAUUCGUCACUGUAUCCUUGCCACAGAUUUGGCCCUCUUUUUUGGUAACAGAGCACGUCUCAAGGACCUGGCUGAAAACAAACAGCUGUCUUGGGACAAUGAUGAUCACAGACAUUCAAUCAUGGCACACUGUAUGACUGCGGCCGACUUGUGCUCUAUGUACAAACCCUGGGACCUGCAGGUGGAGCUAGUGCAUGUUAUUAUGGAGGAGUUUUGGCAACAGGGUGAUGAGGAGAAAAAAAAUGGGCUAAUGCCGCUGCGUAUGAUGGACAGAUCAUUUGCACAUGAACUUCCUGAUUCUCAGGUUGGUUUCCUGGUUGGUAUUUGUUUACCAUGUUAUGAACUCUUGGCUCAGGUUCUACCUCCCACCUCUCCCAUGGUAGAGGGUGCAAAGGCAAACCUGGAAAAAUGGAAAGAGCUUGCUGAUAAACAAAAGGAGUUGGAAAAAGAGAAAGAAAAAGAAUCAGAAGAAAAAGAAAAUAAAUUGGAGGGAAAUAAUAAAGAAAAAGAAUCGUAACACAUGCAUGUUAGUUUUGGUGAAAUCUAGAAAGGAUUACAACAACAAGUAUAUGUAAAUUUAUGGCAGGGAAUUACUUGGAAGCCUUUAUACUAUCAAAAUGGCUGCAAGCUCUUAAGUCAAUUCAUUGUACUUUUUACAAGUCACUCUGCAGACCAGUAGGGAUAAGUCCUGAAGAUGGCAGCACAAAGGCUGUUCCAGGGGGCUCCAAUACCCAUCUGAGUUUUUUUAAUAUAAAUAAUAUUGGAGAUAUAUACUGGUACCAUGUGCAUUUCUAUCAUUUAAGAACCUCAAAGAUAUACAGCUUUUUAUGCAGAAUAAUGCAAAACUUUGUAUAUAAGAUAUGCCUCAGAAAUUGAAAUGAAUGACUUUAUAUAAAAUGUUUAGAAAUGUCAUGAUAGUUUCAUUAGUGACUAUAUUACGCAUAGGUACAUGUUUGAUACUUUAGGAAAACUACAUGACUUAUGUACAGUUCUGUCAUAAAUAUUACAAUCAAAAUCCUUUUGGGACUGAGGCAACAUCUGAUAGCUAUAAAAAUUGUGAAAAAACAUACUGGUGUGAACAGACAUAUUAAAACUCUUUAAAACUUUUUACUCAUUUACAUGCCAUCAAGUAACUUACUUUUUAUUCAUAUUUCUUCUGUUAUUAGUGAAAUAGCACCCAUAAAUGGGUAAACUUGCAGCUUUACCAUUUUUUGUGUUAAAAUUACUUGCUGGGAAGCAGACACCCUAAGUGUCAAAGUUCCUUUCUUCGUCAAUGCCACUACCUUCCAGACUAGAAGGAGCAAAGGUAAAAUUUUGUUUAAUAAUUAAGUAAAAUGUUACAACAAUUGCAAUUCUGUUUUGGUCCAUAGUACAUCGUUUUGUAUAUUUUCCCCAAGUGAUGUACAUACAGGUUAUGUAUGGGCUUUUUACUUUUGAUGGCUUGAGUAGCAUAAGCUUAACUUUUCCUUAUAGUUUAAAUGCAAGAUCUAUACUUAAAUAACAAUUUGGCCCAUCCCAUAAAAAUAUUCACAAUGCUAAAAAUCAAAACAACGAUAGUAAAAGGAAAAAAUGUGGAUGUAUUAACAGUUCCGUGUUUGAGAGGGAAUUAUGGAAUUGUAAAAGAGCACAACACCAUAUAAAAUGUGAAAGAAUAUUUCCAAUUGCAUAACAUGCCCAGUCCUAUAUAUUUCUAACAUUAAUAGUUACCAGUUCACUUUACUUGCCAAUGAACUGAUAUAUGGAAGAUUCAUUCAUAGAUAUGGCUCAUCUAAUCUAACAAAGUCUUUUAUUAUCAACUGAUAAAAUAGUUAUUUUUGAUACACAGAAACAACACCAAUUGUUGAAGGCCCUCGGAUAUCUUGCAGGUUUAGAUAAUGUUGGUCAAUUUAUAUAAUUUUGUGGUUAACAACAAACUAGCAGUACUUCUGUCUUUGAUACAGUUGGAACGCAUUUAAUGAGUCCCCAUUUCUGUUCUUUUCAAGAUACAUGCAGCGACAAUCAAAAGGAAUUACUUUGACAACGGGUCUUAAUCAUCAAUACAUGUACAUAUAUAUAUAGCCACUGCAGGUAUUUUAUCUAUAUAUGAACCUAUUGUAUAUUAUAUAUAUAUAUAUAUAUAUGUAUGUGUUGCUCAUUCAAUCUGAGGCUCUCACUUGUUAAUUAUCAGUACUUGAAUGUGAUAUGUAUCUAAGCGAGUCUCUCCUGUGUAGCAAAAUAAAGUGUUUUAAUGUUUAUAAUAUA